CCCCUGAUUAUUUUCCCUCCAAACACCCAAAUCCCUUGGAAAAAAAAAACAAAAGAGAAAAAAAAAUCAGAAUGAACCUGAAUUUUCCAGGAAAUCAAUAGAAAGCCAUUUCCUUUUCUGUUUCCCCGGGAAAUGGGUAGCAAGAUGGCGUUCACUCUUACAAGCCCUCGAUUUUUCUCGGCGAUUUCUCGCAAACCCACCACUCGUUUCUCUCCUUCUUCUCCGACGACUUCGAAGGCACAGUGGAAUCUCUUCAGCCAUGGAAGAUCAGUUCCCCUCAGAAGAAGACUGUUCUUGUUGCCCACCAAAGCUACUACCGAUCAAUCGGGUCAGGUGGGAGGAGAAGAGGUUGAUGAUAGCAAGAUUUUACCAUAUUGUAGCAUCAACAAGAAUGAAAAGAAAACAAUCGGCGAAAUGGAACAAGAGUUUCUGCAAGCGAUGCAAGCAUUCUAUUACGAGGGCAAAGCGGUUAUGUCCAAUGAAGAGUUUGAUAACCUUAAAGAAGAGCUAAUGUGGGAAGGAAGCAGCGUUGUGAUGCUAAGUUCUGAUGAACAGAGAUUCUUGGAAGCUUCAAUGGCUUAUGUGUCUGGAAACCCAAUCAUGAAUGAUGAAGAAUAUGAUAAUUUGAAAUUGAAACUGAAGAUGGACGGGAGUGAAAUUGUGGUUGAGGGUCCAAGAUGCAGUCUCCGUAGCAAAAAGGUGUACAGUGAUCUCUCCGUAGAUUAUUUCAAAAUGUUUUUGUUGAACGUUCCAGCUACCGUUGUUGCCCUCGGACUGUUUUUCUUCCUCGACGAUCUUACGGGGUUCGAGAUCACAUACCUUUUGGAGCUUUCCGAACCAUUCAGUUUCAUCUUCACGUGGUUUGCCGCCGUGCCUGUCAUAGUUUGGCUUGCUCUAUCUCUUACCAAACUUAUCGUUAAGGAUUUCUUGAUCUUGAAGGGCCCUUGCCCAAACUGCGGGACAGAGAACGUCUCCUUCUUUGGAACGAUACUGUCCAUCUCCAGCGGCGGAACCAACAACAACGUCAAAUGCGCCAACUGUGCAACCGAGAUGGUAUACGACUCGAAAACCCGUUUGAUCACAUUGCCAGAAGGUGGCAAAGCUUGAACCCGAUGAGGGCAAAAUGCAUGUAGUGGUAUUGAUACUAACAGUUGGAGGAGGAGGAAGAACAGGUGGUUUUUUUUUUUCAGAAUAAAAUGAAAAAUAGUUUUGUGUUGUAUGAUCGAUCCAUGUGUUUCUGUUUUGUAAGUAAUGUGUUUGUGAAAUGAAAGAGACACCAUAUGGUUACUACAUCUA